UUUGGUCUCUGACAUUCUGUCAUCUGUGUUAGUGGUUAAUUGGUUAUGGUUAAUUUUAUUAUUAAAAAGUCUCAGAUAUUACAUUAUUAGUUUAUAUUAUAAAUACUAGUCUUGUUGCCUAUUAUUGAAAUAAAAUAAGUACGUUAUUCUUACAGUUUAUCAACAAAAUUUAUCACCAUGCCGCGUAUUAUGAUAAAGGGGGGCGUCUGGCGGAACACUGAGGAUGAAAUUCUCAAAGCGGCUGUUAUGAAAUAUGGAAAAAAUCAGUGGUCCCGUAUUGCCUCACUGCUUCAUAGAAAAUCAGCUAAACAGUGCAAAGCCCGGUGGUAUGAAUGGCUGGAUCCGAGCAUCAAGAAGACCGAGUGGUCUCGGGAGGAGGAUGAGAAGUUGUUGCAUCUGGCCAAGCUAAUGCCCACACAGUGGCGCACCAUUGCACCUAUUAUUGGUCGCACAGCAGCUCAGUGUUUAGAGCGAUAUGAAUAUUUACUGGACCAAGCUCAAAAGAAAGAAGAGGGAGAGGAUAUGGGAGAUGAUCCUCGUAAGUUGAAGCCUGGUGAAAUUGACCCAAAUCCAGAAACAAAACCAGCUAGACCUGACCCUAAAGAUAUGGAUGAAGAUGAACUGGAAAUGCUGUCUGAGGCACGUGCCCGUCUCGCUAACACUCAGGGCAAGAAAGCUAAAAGGAAGGCGCGCGAAAAACAAUUGGAGGAGGCGCGUCGCCUCGCCGCUUUGCAGAAGAGACGCGAGCUGAGCGCCGCCGGUAUUGCUGUGCCGAUGAGGCGCAAAAAAAAGCGUGGUGUGGAUUACAACUCCGAGAUCCCAUUCGAGAAGAGGCCGGCUGUUGGGUUUUAUGAUACAUCGACGGAAGUCGUGGAUCCGAUGGCUCCCGAUUUCUCACGGCUAAGACAACAGCACCUUGAUGGUGAAUUGCAUUCAGAGAAAGAAGAGAGAGAGCGGCGCAAGGAUAAACAAAAGUUGAAACAGAGGAAAGAGAAUGAUGUACCGCAAGCGAUGCUGCAGGGCGACCAGCCUGCGCGCAAGCGCAGUAAGCUAGUAUUACCCGAGCCGCAAGUGUCUGAUCAGGAGCUGCAGCAGGUGGUGAAGUUGGGCCGCGCGUCCGAGGCGGCGCGCGGCGGCGUGGGCGGCGCGGACGGCGCGGAUGGCGCGGACGGCGCCGCCGCCACCGAUGCGCUGCUCGCCGACUACGCACUCACGCCCGCGCCGGCCACCGCGCUGCGUACGCCCGCGCAGCACCAGGACAGAAUCCUCAUGGAGGCGCAGAACGUGAUGGCGCUAACGCACGUGGACACACCGCUGAAGGGCGGCCUCAACACGCCGCUGCACCACUCGGACUUCUCGGGCGCUCUACCACAGUCGCAGGCUCUCGCCACGCCCAACACACUGCUCGCCACACCCUUCAGAUCAACACGCAGCGAGGUUUCGACACCAGGAAGUUUUAAUACGCCCGGUCAGACUAAUGGGCAGCCAGGGCUGAUGACACCAGGUUUGCGUGAUAAGUUGAGCAUUAAUCCUGAAGACCGAUUGAGUGGCGGUGAUACACCACAAAUGAUGAAUCAGUUACAAAAACAGAUGAAAGCGUCUGUACGCAGCGCGCUGAGCUCGCUGCCGACGCCUCGUAACGACUACGAGAUCGUGGUCCCCUCCCCCACGCCCGCGUCCGACCCACCCGCCGCCAACACUGCGCCCGCGCUGAUGGACCAGGCCGAUGUGGACGCGCGCCGCCUGCAAGAACUCGAGGAACAGCGUUUGGCGGAACUCGCGUUACGAUCAACAGCAGUGCAACGUGGGUGCGCACGACCUGUGGACGUGAACGGGUCAGUGGUGCGAGGAGGCACGGCGGGAGCCAGUCUCACGCCGCUGCAGCAAGCAGAGGAGCUGCUCAAAGCCGAGAUGGUCACCAUGCUGCACUACGAUGCGCUCAGGGAUCCCCCGCCAGGUGUGGAUAAAAAGCGAGCCGUGCAAUUACAAGCAUCGCAUCUAGCCUACUUGGAGCAUCAUCCAUAUGAAGACUUUACUGCUGAGGAACUAGCAGCUGCUAAAGAAGAACUCAAAAAGGAAAUGGAGGUCGUAAAGGCUGGCAUGGGACACGGAGACCUUAGUAUAGAUGCAUAUACACAAGUGUGGGAGGAGUGUUUAGCACAGGUGUUAUUUUUACCAGGACAAAACAGAUAUACGCGCGCCAACUUGGCCAGUAAAAAGGAUAGGUUAGAGUCAGCCGAGAAGAGGUUAGAACAGAACAGAAAUCACAUGGCGAAGGAAGCUAAAAAGUGCUCAAAAAUGGAGAAGAGACUUCGAAUACUCACAGGCGGUUACCAGAGUCGUGCCGCGUCACUAAUAAAACAAUUCCAAGAGUUACAAGAUCAAAUAGAACAGUCAAAUCUGGAACUAUCCACUUUCAAAUUCUUAGCUGAACAAGAGAAAGCGGCCAUUCCAAGGAGAAUAGAGUCACUAACGGAAGACGUAAAUCGUCAAACGGAUCGUGAAAAACAACUGCAGAAACGUUAUGGGGAACUGCAAGCGGAGUUGGAGGAACUACAUAAAGGGAAAAAUAAAGGGACAGAAGUCAAACCGCUCGAGGAAUAGUAUAUAUAAGUGGUCUUGAUAAUGAAGGUUUAGUUCUUAACAAAUAAUACUGUGAAAUAAAUAUUGAAACCUUAUUACAUCACAUAAAGCAACUAAGAAGUACAAAUUCAUUUUGACUCUUUAUACUUGUAUCUGAUAUAGUAUUGUACAAGGGACAGGACACUAAAACCAUAUAAAAAUUGCUAAAACGAAACGAGUUUAAUAAAAUUAUUUACUAUGGUAAAGUAAAUCUAAAAAUCAAUAUAGUAGAAACUGCUAAUGCGUUAUCUGUCACCCGCUCAAAGUGUAAGAUGCACACGUGAAUGUAAAUGUUUAUCUAUGAAGUAUGUAAUGAUAUGAAAACCAAAUAUAGGUUAUAAAUAAAAAUCAAAAAACAACAUGGUUAAUAAAAAAUAAAUAAAUAUAAAUUAAAAAUGCCAUAUUUGUCAUUUCAGCGUUUUCAGUCUCUCUUGCACGAAAUUCAAAUUUACAAACACUGAUUGUUAAAAUAGGUAUAUUGGAAGUUAUAAUAGUAUCAACAUAUUUGAUACAAAAAUACUAAUUUUGUAUUGUUUUGCAUUGAAUAUGAAAAAAAAAAAACUUUGAUGGCAUUUCAUACUGAACGCAUAAUAUCAAUUGUAUUCUAAUAAUAGUAUCAUGCAACUAGCCAGUCAUACUAGAUCAACAGGGCCACGCCUAGACUACAAUAAUUCUUUAAAAAUAAUGCUUGUUACGCGUGAACUUCAGCAGUAGGAAAACUUAUGAAAUAUACCAACAUCUAUAUGGCAUAUCGAGAUGAAAAAUACACCAGAUUUUAAGUUAGACCUUCAGGAGCAUACCGGUGAAAACCACAUCCAAUUUGGUGCAGUAGUUUUUGCAUGAUGGCGGAACAAACAUACAGAGAAAAUUCCUAAAAAUUAUUAAGACCCAUCAUAUUAGUUUUUAUUUCAUUUACAGACAUCGUCCAGUUACAAGUUUGUUAUGUUUGUAAUAUAAACAUCUUUCACAGGUAUGGAGUCGUGGACGAUCGCUAGUAUAUUUUUAAGGAAUGAUUAUGACUAUAAAUAUAUGAACUAAACAUCUGUUUCUUGAUAUAUUAAAUGUUUUAAGAAUAAUAAAAUGACACAUUGAAAAUAA